UCCUCUAUCUAUCUCUAUGGAUCUAUCUCGGUUUUACAAAUCUAUAUCCUAGGCGUGGUUGAUAUUCUUGACAACGGCAAGAAUGUUGACUGCAGGUCUUUGCACAUUUCGCUACAAACUGUCAGACUGGAGCGAAACGUGCUCUUGUAAGGACACUCCCCCUUUAGCGGUUAGUUGUACAACAAGAGUCACAUGAUUCCAUGUGCGUUUCAUAAGGCCAGAGAGCCAGCUAAGACUUUAACUGAAUGCGCUGCUCUCCUUUACAUCGUUUUGUAACAAUGCAUUGCUCGGGACAGUGACAUCCACGGCGUCUCGUUCUAGAAUUGUCGAAGGAAUUGGUUUGGAACUGGCGCGAUGUUUUUUUCGUUGGGAUGGGUGACAGCUCUAGUGGCUGGUAUUUUCGCCCUACACGUUGUACAGAAACUGUGUUUCCCUUACUUUUGGAAGGAUGUUUUUUAUUUAGUGAAAGUCAUCCGAUACGGCGCACGUCUGGAGAUAUUCAAAAUGACUUCAAAAGUUGUCACUAUCAUUGACAGAUUCGUCCAACAGGCAGAGCGAAUUCCCACAAAACCUUUCCUUAUAUAUGAGGGAGUAACGUACACCUAUCAAGACAUUAACGAGCGGAGCAACAAAUUGGCGAAUGUCUUCCUCGAGCAGGGCAUGUUGAAGAAAGGGGACUCCGUUGCGCUUCUGAUGAACAAUGAGCCCGACUUCAUCUGUGUUUGGUUCGGAUUGAUCAAACUCGGAUGUGCAGUGGCUUUUCUAAACACAAACAUUAAGUCCAGAUCGUUGCUACAUUGUUUCAACUGCUGUGGGGCCAAGACUCUUGUUGUUGGUGCAGACCUGUUGGACUCCUUGGAGGACAUCUUGCCCAGCUUCCUGGAGGACAACAUCUCGGUGUGGGCCAUGAAGAACGAGAGCAGCCACACGGAGGUCCAGACACUGCUAGAUAAGAUGGACAAGGCGUCGGACAAGCCCACCCCGCCUGCCCUGAGGGCUGCCACCUCGCUCAAGGCCGCCACCCUCUACAUCUUCACCUCAGGAACCACUGGUCUGCCGAAGGCUGCGGUCAUCACACACCUCCAGUCCCUGAAGGCUGCAGCAGGGUUCUGGGCCUACGGUGGGUCGGAAGAUGACGUGGUCUACAUCCCCCUGCCUCUCUACCACAGUGCGGCCUCUCUCAUCGGCGUCGGGGGAACCAUCGAGAUGGGCGCUACCUGUGUCUUGAAGAAGAAGUUCUCAGCCUCACAGUUCUGGAAUGACUGUAGAAAAUACGACGUGACCAUCUUCCAGUAUAUCGGCGAGCUCUGUCGAUAUCUGUGCAACCAGCCUAAGGCCGAGGGGGAGAAGAAGCACAAGGUGCACAUGGGUGUGGGAAACGGGCUCCGGCAGGACGUGUGGCGGGAGUUCCACCGACGUUUCGGCGAGAUCCGAAUGUGCGAGCUCUACGGCUCCACAGAGGGCAACCUGUGUUUCAUGAACCACAUCGGCAAGAUCGGCGCUGUGGGCCGUUCCAACUUCUUCUACAAGCUCCUCUUCAAGUAUGACCUAGUAAGGUAUGACAUGGUACGAGAUGAGCCGGUCAGGAACAGCCAGGGCUUCUGUCAACACGUUAACAAGGGUGAGACGGGUCUUCUCUUGUCCAAGAUUGGCGCCUCCAGUCCCUUCUUUGGCUACGCGGGGAGCAAACAGCUGACCGAGAAGAAGUUGAUGAGGAACGUGUUCGUGAAGGGAGACGUGUACUUCAACACUGGAGACCUCAUGGCUGAAGAUGCUGAAGACUUUAUCUGUUUUAAGGACCGAGUGGGGGACACUUUCAGAUGGAAGGGUGAAAACGUGGCAACAACAGAAGUGACAGAGGUGCUCGGACUGGUAGACUUUAUCCAAGAGGCCAAUGUCUAUGGGGUGGAGAUUCCAGGAAAUGAGGGAAGAGCUGGAAUGGCCGCCAUCAUCGUGAGGCCUGAAUGUGAGUUUAGCGGGAAGAAGCUUUUUGACCAUGUCCUCAAUGAUCUACCAGGCUAUGCUCGUCCUCUCUUCAUAAGGCUUCAGGAAUCAAUGGAAAUGACGGGAACCUUCAAGCAGCAGAAAUUCAAUCUAGUGGAGAGCGGAUUCAACCCUUCAACAAUCUGCAGCCCACUCUAUUUCCUGGAUUUCUCCGAGAAAAGCUACGUUCCCCUCACGAACACGCUGUACGGCAGCAUUUUGGCUGGCGAGCGGAAGCUAUAGUGGUUAACCGUAGCUAAAACCACCAACCCAUUUGGUUCACUGAGACGGUGGCAGCAUAGUUGUGCCGUUUCGAAGAGGGGCCGAGAGACCGUCAAUUGGGUCUAUUCCUAAUUGUGUAUAAUGUCUGAAAUUGUCUCGUAUGAGUGGUCGGGAUCAACAGAGUGGGUUAAUGAUGAAUAGGGGGGGGUCAGUCUUAUACUGAUGGGGGUGUAAUUUGUGCCUCAUCUGAUUUUAUUAUUUUUUUUACUAAAAAAAAUAGCCGUUUUCCUCUCUGGUUUCCAGAUCUAUUGUCAAGACAGUUCAGCUGAGAAGGCUAAAUUGACUUGAGACCAGUGAACCUCGACAAUCAGCACUUCCACUGUCCGUCUGUGCCAUUUUUAAUUUGCGGAUGGGAUGUCAUAAAGUGUCACUAGUUCCUCGUUGAAAUAAAGACGAAUGGCAGACUAAAUAGAGGCGUCGUGUGUUUUGAGGCACCGAUGACCACAUUCUGGCCACCCAAAAUUCUUCGUUCUGACCUACUACACUAACCAACGUAGGAAUGAACUUUUAAUAUCAGAAACGGUCCAUACGCUUUGCUACAAAUGGUAGUAAUUAUUUUUCUUUUUAAAAAUUGUAUUUAUUUUAUACAUAUAGUCAAGGCUCAUAAUUUAAACCAAAGUAGGUGUGCUUCGCAAAAGUACAUUUGUUAGGUGUCGUCCAGUAACUGUGUUGAGAUAGUACAGUCCACUGGCACAGCACUAGUUUAUUAAGGGCAUCAUGCACUAUGUCUUGUUUUCAACAGUUUUGCCAGUUAGUCAUUACCAUCUUGUGUUACUCUUGAGAUGUAACCAGACCCAGGUCCAAGUAGUCUUUAUUUCCUUACUUGUACUUUUCAAUCUGUUCCAGUGGUUCCAUUGUACGACCACCUCAAGAAAACAAGUACUAUUUGAACCCGGGGGUCUGAAUGUGAUGCAACGUGAUUAUAUUUACUGUCAAAUGACAGCUGAGAAGUUUGUCAGUGAUUCUUUUAAGGGUCCAAUUCAGUCAAACCAGUGUUAAUGCCUUAUCCCCUCAAUAAAAUAACAAUGUGGUUUUGGUACUGUAAAAUACUAGCCUGAGGCCAAUGUCAUGCCAAUACUUGUCAUAUUUGACUUGCAAUGGAGUUGGCAAGAGCACAAACAGUUCUGAGAUCAGGCUACAGAAGGAGACAACAGAUCUGGGACCAUGCUAUAGAAGGAGACAACAGAUCUGGGACCAGGCUACAGGAGGAGACAACAGAUCUGGGACCAGGCUAUAGAAGGAGACAACAGAUCUGGGACCAGGCUAUAGAAGGAGACAACGGGUCUGAGACCAGGCUAGUAAAAGAACAAGCAAGCCACCUCUUAUAAGUAGAUGCUCCUAGCUUUGUAAUUAGGCAUCUGGGUAGUUGGCCUCAUUUAUGCAGUAUCUCUACUUACUAAGGCAUGUUUGAGGCUAAGGCAGGUUUGACUGAAUUCAGCCCUUUGUUUAAGAGUUUUCUAUGUAUAGGUAUUGUUAAUUUGUACAGCUAUUUGAACUAUGUUUUGGUGAAGAAGACUAUAGUUUACAAUGUCGAAUUCAUUGAGAUGAUCAAGUCCCUAUGAUUAAUCUAGCUAGGACUAUAAUAUAAUUUUCAUAUCAUUUAAGCACAAUGAAUGAUUGCAAUGAAGUUGAUUUGCGCAGUGUGAAAAUCAGCGAUUUUUAGGUUGACUGAAACCUCUUGUUUUACUUUCCUGUUUGGGACAGCCAAACACAUUUAUUUCACUUUGAUUGUUUUAAUCGUUUUAAUUGUUUUUCACUUUGAUUUAUUUAAAAUGUUGAAUAUUUGGUCAAAUGGUGUUUUUAACAGCAUUUGUUGUUUAUCAUUUUAAUUUGAUAGUAUUUAAUUUGGGUGAAUGUGUGUCCAGUGCUUGUGUGCCAGAUACAUCAACCCUUAUAGUUAUAUGGACCACCAUUUUCAACUUUUCCUUCAGACACUUAUAGUGAUACUAGUGCCACCAGAUUCCAUUUCCUUAUACAAAUUCAAUAGGAUUCAAUUUCCUUAUACGAAUUCAAUAGGAUUCCAUUUCCUUAUACGAAUUCAAUAGGAUUCCAUUUCCUUAUACGAAUUCAAUAGGAUUCCAUUUCCUUAUACGAAUUCAAUAGGAUUCCAUUUCCUUAUACGAAUUCAAUAGGAUUCCAUUUCCUUAUACGAAUUCAAUAGGAUUCCAUUUCCUUAUACGAAUUCAAUAGGAUUCCAUUUCCUUAUACAAAUUCAAAAAUGUUCGAUUCAGAUUCAAUUUCUGGUGUCAUUUGUCAUCUUUGCUUUUACCCGAAACACAUCUUUCCAAAAUGGAAAAUAUGCCUGUACAUUUUGCAGUAACAGCUAGGGUCUUAGGGCUACAACAGUAAAUAGUCAGAGUGAUCUGACAGUCCUGUUAAUGUCAGUGUGUGUGUAAAAGCUAUAACACUACUUAACACUGACAGUUAUGUUGAAUGCAUUACGAUGUGGUUUAUAAUGCAUUGUAAAACAUGUUAUAAUCAUGUAUGACACCCCCCCCCCCCCUCCCCCCUCUCCCCCUUUGAUAAAGUCUUACCUCAUAAUGAUCAUCUCAAAUUUCAGUCAGUUGAAAACAUGAUACAUAGAGAGACGUAUUACAGGCUUUUAAAACGAGACUGAUGCUUUCUUACAACAGAUACAUAGAGAGACGUAGUACAGGCUUUUAAAACAAGACUGAUGCUUUCUUACAACAGAUACAUAGAGAGACGUAGUACAGGCUUUUAAAACAAGACUGAUGCUUUCUUACAACAGGUAAUAAAGCGCUGUGGCUGCAUCAAGUGGAACUAGUUAUACCACCCGUUGUGUUGAUUCUCUCAGGGUACUUUUACUGUGUGCGCUGGGAAGACCUUGCAAGCUGUAGGGUUUUUAACCCAUUGAGGUCCAACAGUAUAUGUACUGUAUUUGUGUUUUCCAUUGUCAUCCAUUGAAGCCUUCAUGAACAGUUUUUUUUUAGAACACAUAUUUAGCCUAGCUGAUUAUGGGAAUAGUCUGCGCCAUUGUGAAUAUGAUAUGGAAGAAUUAUUAAAAGUUUAAAAAAA